AUGAAAAGGAAUUAUUAUGACUUAUUGGGAAUCGAUUCAUCAGCUGAUGAAAAAAAGAUUAAGAAAGCAUAUAAGAAUUUGGCAUUAAAAUAUCAUCCUGAUAAAUUUAAUACAACCAAUAAUAUAAAUAUAAAUGAAUUAUCUAAUAAUAGCAACAAUUCAUCAAUUUCAAGUUUGGUGAAUAAUAGUAAUAAUAGUGAUAAUAAUAAUAAUAACAAUAAUAAUAAUAAUAAAAAUAAAAAUAAUAAUAAUAGUAAUAAUAAUAAUAGUAAUAAUAAUAAUAAUUAUAAUAAUAAUAAUAAUAAUAAUAAUAAUAAUAAUAAUAAUAAUAAUAAUAAUAAUAAUAAUAAUAAAAAUAAUAAUAAUAAAAAUAAUAAUAACAAUAAUAAUAAUAAUUAUAAUAAUAAUAAUAAUAACAAUAAUUAUAAUUAUAAUUAUAAUAAUAAUAGUAAUAAUAGUAAUAAUAGUAGUAAUAAAAAUAAUAGUAAUAGUAAUAGUAAUUCAUUAAAUGAUUUAAAUCAAUUUAUGGAAAUAAAAGAAGCAUAUGAAACAUUAAUGGAUCCAACUAGAAAAAAUAAAUAUGAUAAAUCAGAGAUAUUAAAUUCAGUAAUCUUAAAACAUAAAUCAGAUUUUUUGCCAAUAAGCUUAAAUAGUAUUAAUAAUAAUAUUAGUAACAAUAAUAAUAAUAAUAAUAAUAAUAAUAAUAAUAAUAAUAAUAAUAAUAAUAAUAAUAAUAAUAAUAAUAAUAAUAAUAAUAAUAGUAAUAAUUCAAAUAAUAAUAUUUGUAGAAUAUCAAAUUCAUCUUUAGCAUCAACAUAUUUUAAUAACGCUAUUGGAAGUAUGGGUAAUAUUGGUUCUUUAGGAAAUUGUAGUAUUAAUAGUGCAUUAUUCUCAAUAACCACAUCAUCAUGUUCACCAUCAUCUUCACCUGAAAAUUCAAAUAGAGAAAGCAGCAGCAGUUUAUUUACAUCUUCAAAUACUUUAAUUUCAAACUUUUUCGAACAACAAAAUAGUAAUAAUGGUUUAUCAUCAUCUGUUUCAUCAUUAUUAACUGGUAGUUAUGGUAAUAGCUCUGCAACCAACACUACAACUGCAUCAACAUCAUCAUCAACAUCAUCACCAUCAUCAUCAUCAUCAACAUCAAUAUCAACAUCAUCAACAUCAUCAACAUCAACAUCAACAUCAACACUAUCAAUAAGUUCAUCAAAUCCACAAUUGCAAUCCUCUUAUGCAUCAUUACAAAACAAUAUUAGUAAUCUUAGUAAUUAUAUUUCAAAUAUUAGUAAUUUAAAAAGUCAAAAUUCUGUUUCAGUAUCUGUUGAUAUAGGUUUCUUUGAAGUAAUGAGUAGUCAUAAGAAACUAAUAAAUUAUAAUAAAUUAACAAUUUGUAGUGAAUGUUGUAAUAAUAAUCAAAAUAAUAAUAAUAAUCAAAACAAUAAUAAUAAUAAUAAUAAUAAUAAUAAUAAUAAUAAUAAUAAUAAUAAUAAUAAUAAUAAUAAUAAUAAUAAUAAUAAUAAUAAACAAAAUAAAUGUAGUUUAUGUUUAGGAAGCAAUAGAAUAAUGGAAAAGUGUGAAAUUACAAUAGAUGUUCCAAAAGGUGUUACAAAUGGUCAAAAAUUAGUAUUCCCUUCAUUGGGUAAUAUUUGUGAUAAUUUACCAAAUUCACCAAAUAAACUUUUAAAUUGUAAUAAUAACAAUAAUAAUAAUAAUAAUUCUAAUAAUCAACAAUCAUUAAUUUAUGGUGAUUUAAUAAUAAAUUUCCAAGUCGAGGAGAGUAGUAAUUUAAAGAGAGAUGGAGAUGAUGUAAUAUCAGAGGUAGUUGUAAAUUUCAUUGAUGCCAUUUUAGGUUGUAGAAUAUCGGUUCCAAUUUUAUGUGGUAGUAUGGAGAUUGAUAUACCUGCUGGUACUCAACCAAAUCAAAUUUUAAAAAUAAAGAAUCAAGGUUUCUUAAAUUCAAUCACUCUGGUCAAAGGAAACUACUAUUUAAAAAUACUGGUAGAUUUACCAAAAAAAGUCUCAAAUAAACAAAUUAGUUUAUUGAAUCAAUUUUAUUCAAAAGAAAAUAACACAAAUAAUAAUAAUUUAAAUAAUAAUAAUGAUAAAUAA